AUGAAAAGGAAGAACGACGAUCUCGAGGCACAAUUAAGAACUCAAAAUACGGAAGUGAGAGACGGAAAAGUCAAGAUUGGAGAGCUUGAAGGGAAAAUCAACGCGUUCCAGAGCAAAAUCUCUGGCCUCGAAACCCAAAUAAAUCGGACGAUGAAUCUCUUGGAUCUGUAUCGGGAUGGAUGGUCGUAUUUGGCGAAAACGGCUUCUUGGUAUAAGGGUUUUGGUCAAUGGAUGACAUUUGAUGAAGCCGAGGCAUAUUGUGCGAGUCGAAAGGGCCAUUUAGUCUCAAUUCACAGUCAGGAAGAGAACGAUUUUGUUUGGAAACUCGCGAAAAAUUUUCCUGCGAAUCGGUCGUUCUGGAUAGGACUGAAGAGAAAUCCGGACAAAGGAAAUGCUUUUGAAUGGACGGAUGGAAGUUCGGUGGAUUUCACGAAUUGGAUGGUGGGAGAGCCGGAUUCGUACACCCACGCUGUGCUUUGGAACGACAAGGGGAAAUGGGGGGUCGAUCCUCCUAACGAGGAGUUUCAAUUUAUCUGCAAAAGGGACUCUGAAUUC